CUUUGAUCUAGCUACAACAAACAAGAUCCCUAUCUCAAAAAACAAUGGCCAUCUCAAGGCUUCUCGUAACUACCUUCCUCGUCUCCUUCCUCGUCCUCCAGCUCGCCCAGGCUCAUGAUCAUGAUCAUCAGCAAUCCAAGAAGGCCUUCGGAUUAACGAGCUACACCGGUAGCUCUCCAAAACUCGAUUGCGGGAGCUCUUGCGACGCUAGGUGCCAAUUAUCAAGUAGGCCAAACCUGUGCAAGAGGGCUUGUGGGACUUGCUGUGUCCGCUGCAGCUGCGUCCCUACCGGCACCGCCGGUAACUACGACGAGUGUCCUUGCUACGGCACAAUAACCACCCACGGCGGCCGCCGCAAGUGUCCUUGAUUAGGAUUCGAAGUCGCCGGCCGGCAACUUAAUUUCUCUAUCGAGAAGGGAAAAAAAGAAGAUUUGCUUGUACGAUAAGAACUUUUGGGGACGCUUGAUAUAUAUUUGUCAGGUUCCAUGGAUGAGUUGAAAUGGUUUUUAUAUUUGUUGUGUGUACAUUUGAGCAUUUGUGGUUAAUGUUUGGAGAAAUAAAAAUCAUG